CUUCCCAAACUUUACACGACGUUGGAGAGGAAGGGAGGGCCAUGCUCUGCUUCUGCUCAAACUACAGAGAAAAUCACACCAUCAGCCUUCCUCUUUUCUGUAUAUGGACCACCCUCUACUGUUCUCCUACUGGACAGUGUUUGCUUCUGCCACAGCUGUAUGCAGGCCUGCAUUCUCAAUGAGAGCGAAGACAGGGGGAGACUCAGUGAGAGGAGGGGAAUGGAGAGCAUGAACCUGCUUUGGAAACACAACUGAGACGCCAAACUGGGUCUUACCUGCACCUCCUGAACUGCUGACUGAACACACACACACGGAUCUUGAGCUUUUUUUGGUGAUAAAGAGAGCAGCAACCAUGGGACCCGGAACAUGGAGCCUAUUUAUUCUGUUUGGCCUGUCUGUCUGGAGCAACAGCCAAGCCCUCACUAAGAACCCCAUCCUCUCCCGGAUACGAAGAGCUCCAGAGGCCAACGGAGAAGGCAAGAAGUGCUCCUACACCUUCCUGGUCCCUGAGCAAAAGAUCACAGGCCCAAUCUGUGCUGCCCGUGGUUAUUCAACUGACAAGGACCGAGUGACACGCCUGGAUGUGGCUGCAGUGCGUGACCUCCUGUCAAAGCAGCGUCGGGAGAUGGAGACUUUGAAGCUGGUGGUGGAUGUGGACGGCAACUUGGUGAAUGAAAUGAAGCUGCUGAGGAAAGAGAGCAGGAACAUGAAUUCCAGAGUGACCCAGCUCUACAUGCAGCUGCUGCACGAGAUCAUCAGGAAGAGAGACAACUCACUGGAACUAGCACAGCUGGAGACACGCAUCCUUAACGCCACCACUGAGUCACUGCGCUUGGCCUCCAGGUACAGGGAACUGGAGGCCAAAUACGCAGCCUUGUCUGCAGUGGUGAACAACCAGUCAGUGCUGAUUGGGACACUGGAGGAACAUUGUAUGCAGGUCUACAGCCGGAGGCAUGAGCAGUCACCUUUAGGACCUCCACUUGUGCAAGUGGUACCUGAGAACAUUCCUGUUAAUGUGCCACGUUUCACCAAUGAGAUCCAGAGAGACAACACACGAGGGUUUGCGCGCGAGAGAGGUUCUCGCUCUGGGCCAUCACCCACCAGUGGCACCCUGGAAGAUCAGAAACCUCCGCAGAGAAACUUCAGUACUGAAGGACCAUUCAGAGACUGUCUUGAGGCGCAAGAAGUUGGCCACAGCACCAGUGGCAUGUACCUGAUCAGACCAGACGAAACAGAGAGGCCAGUUCAGGUCUGGUGUGAACAGGAUAUAGACAAUGGGGGCUGGACCAUUAUCCAGAGCAGGAAAGAUGGAUCUGUUAACUUCUUCAGGAACUGGGAUAACUACAAGAGCGGCUUUGGCAACAUAGAUGGGGAGUACUGGCUCGGUCUGGAAGCCAUCUACAAACUGGGGAGGCAAGGGGACUACAAGCUGCUGGUGGAACUGGAAGACUGGAUGGGCAAGAAAGUCUACGCUCAGUACAGCAGCUUCCACCUGGAGCCCGAGAGCGAGGGUUACCGCCUGCGUCUGGGCACCUACCAGGGCAACGCCGGGGACUCCCUAAGCAGUCACAACGGCAAACAGUUCACUACUCUGGACCGAGACAAGGAUGCCUUCUCAGGUAACUGUGCCCACUUCCACAAAGGAGGCUGGUGGUACAACGCUUGCGGCCAAACCAACCUUAACGGUGUCUGGUACACCGGAGGCGUUUACCGCAGCAAAUUCCAAGAUGGGAUAUUCUGGGCCGACUAUGGUGGUGGCUUCUACUCCAUGAAGUCUGUCCGUAUGCUGAUCAGACCCAUAGAUUGAGGAGAUACUGUAGGUCAGACUGGUCCAGGAGUGGAUAUGGAGGCCAGGGCAAACUUGAACCUCAUUCUAAAUUAUGACUGUACCAGUCAUCAGUGACUGGUUGAUUUUAAAUAAACGAACUACAUUAUUGGAGAUUGCCAGCAAUCAGUAGUGACUUGAACUGCCUCCUGUAACAGAUGUGGACUCUGAGUGAACAUUGUUCUUUUUAUUUUAUAAUAGAUGCACAUAUAGAAGGAUUUUGCAGAACCCAACUAUUUAUAGUAAGCCAUACAGCAACAGUAACCACCAAAGUAAGAAUCACUGCCAACAUUUUGCAGCCUAAAUAAUGCAGUCUGUUCAUUUGAUUAAGAGAAUGUAGUGUUUUCCUCAUUACUAGUUCACCCCGUGGAGAGGAGAUGCCGCAGUGUGACAGAACUUCACUGGUAUUGAUUUCAUUCAUAAGAUUUAGUAUCACAGGAUAUAAAUGCAGUUCUUCCCAUCUUGCCAAAAUAAACAUGUGGGGCAAACAGUCUUACAUGGUUUUUAACUUGUGCUGUAGCUGCUGGGAGCUGGAAAGUACAUUUAUUUAAGAGCUAUAUAGAUUUAUGUAGACUCUGAAUCCACCUCCCGAUCUGUAGAAACCAACACCUCAAGGAGUUGAAGAAAGGAAGGCAGUUUAAGUUUUAUGUGCAUUUGAUUACACAAAAACAUGACUGAUUAUUAUUUCUUCGUACACUUAAAUGGACAUUUAUACUGUAUGUUAAACUACUUUCUCCGAGCACAGAUGUCCAGAAACGAUAAUUUAUGUAUAUGAUUAACUUAUCAUAACAGUAAAAAGGGCCAGGCGUCCUGAGGGAACAGUAAAUGAUCCUACAGAAAGUAGAGCUAAUUUCCUCCACUGUGUAUAUGACAAUCAUUCUCGAAGUGUGCUUGCACGUCUGGAAAUUGCAGUUAUAUGUUUCUCUCAUUUGGCUGUUGAUUAAAUUUCAGUAUGACUCUGGGAAAUACAAGAAUUGUUGGGAGGAAAAAAGAUGGAAUUACGUUUUGUUUUGUGUGGUUUUUGAGCACGAAAAAUAUGCCGACCAAGCGUGUUGAGAGUCAUAGGCACUGAGACAGACAACGAGAAACACAUUGCUGAAAGCCAGACAGGAUGGAGAAAGGAAAAGAAAGGACGGAGGGGAGGGGAUGAACUAGGAUGGAACCAGUCCAAAUUUCCAAAUUAACCCCCCCACCCCCUUCCUUUUAAAUACAGAGAAUUUUACAUUCUUUCCACACAAAAGUGCUUGAACUGUAUGUUUUCAUAAAAAAUAUCUUUCACUGA